AUGAUUUCGAUUGUAAGAAACCUUUUAUAUUCCCGUGUUCCCGCAGCUGGCAUACGUUGUCUUGCAACAGAGGCAUCAACAGCGGCAACCACCACAAGCCAAGAUGUUGCUACUACCCCAUUGCCUCCUACUUUAGCCGAGGAAAGGGAUAAACUUUAUAGUAAAUUAGAAAUUGAAUUGAGAGGUAUUGAUCCCGCCGUACUGAAAAGUUAUUCCUGGUUUGCUACCACUGCAGCUAAUCAUUUGGACAUUGAAGUGGGAAAAUGCUGGUCACCACGAAAAGCCCACAAGGAACGUAUGACAUUAUUGAAAUCGGUACAUAUUUAUAAAAAACAUCGUGUUCAAUAUGAAAUUCGUACAUAUUUCCGUUAUAUGAAUUUCCACAAACUAACCGGAUCAACAUUGGAUACCUUCUUAGAGUAUAUUGAACGUAAUUUGCCUGAAGGUGUUGCACUAAAUGCUACAAAGACCGAAAUACAAGAAAUACCCGAGCAUCUACGGGAUAUUCCCAGUGAAAGUUAAAUA